GCGCCCCGUCCCGCUCCUCUCCCACAUGUACGGCCACCCCUACGGCUCUCAGCCCCAGCAGGGCUACUCGUCCCAAGAAUACCCCCCGCAGCCUCAGCCCGCCUCCGCAUCCUCUGCGUCCAGAAGCCGGGAGGACCGCCCUCCCCGUCAUCACUCCUCCUCUCGCUCUAUCGGCGACCCCCUCAACUUCACCAGCGGGCAGUUCUCAGGUCAGCUCAUCCGCGCCGAGCUCGUCGAGCUCCAGAAGGCAGAUCUCGGCAGAAAAUACGCCCGCAAGGAUCGCAGACCCCUCGAUCCACCGCCCGUCGUCCAGCUCCGGCUUUACAAGGUUCAGAGCGAUCAGAGAGAGGUCGAGGUCGAAAAUUACGACAACAUGGGCUUGAUCUGCCAUGUCGAUCUCUUCCCGGUCCCCCCACAAGAGUCGUCGUUGCGCGAGGGCUCCACGUACCCUUAUACCUUCCCUGCACCCCAACCCCCUUAUCAAGGCGCGGGCAUGCCGCCGCACGGCGCUCCCUCCGUCGGCAUGCCGAUGCAGCUCCCUCCCAUGCACAUCCCUCCUACCUCACAAUACACCCACGACCCCGCAACCGCCUCGCACCAUCCGAGUCAUCCGCCGCAAGAGUUCGACGUGGUACACAUACACCAAAAUCACCCCAUCACAGAAUCCUCCAAAUGCACCGAAGCACUCGCCGGCACGACCUUCGUCCAGGCGUCGAACCUCGACUACAAGGGCAAUAAAGUGUUGAUGUUCGUUUUCUCAGAUCUGGCCGUCAAGAUGGAGGGCAAUUUCAUCCUGAGGUACCGCUGCUUCGACCUCUUUUCGAAAGUGUCGACCGACGAGGGGGAGACGCCGGUGUGGGCGCAAUGCUACGGCGGUCAGUUCCGGGUCUACUCUACCAAGGAGUUCCCUGGCCUGCGCGCGUCUACGGACCUGACAAAGCACUUGUCCUACUUUGGCGUGCGGCUUAACCUGCGUGAAACGGAGCGCAAGCGCCGGAAGAAGGUCGACGAUCCGGCUGCCCUGGCCGCAGCAGCGAACAAGGGCAAGGGGAAGCGCAGGGACGAGGGCGAUGGAGGAGAGGGUGGGUAUCGACAGUACGAUGAUUAGAGGCGCGUGCUGCCGGUGCCCCGCCCACUGACAUGGCCAUGAUCGCGCAGCGGGGGCGAGGCGGAAUGGGUGUGAGCAGGCCGAAAGCGAGGGUGGGGUGGGUUAGAGGGGUCAGGCCGGGGUCUGGUUGGGGACCGGGGGGCUGGUGCUGGAGUCGCCCGACUUGCGUGUCGGGGGCUGGCUAGCUCUGUCGACCCCGCUUCUGUUUGCUUGCUCGUUGCGCGAUCGGUUCCGUUCUCACUCUCGCUCCCCUUCAUGUCUCUUCCUCGCGCGUGACCCCUCGGCGCCGUCGACGUCGAUGCUUCUUUUGUUCCCUCCCUCUGCUCUUUAAAUCUAGCCCCAUCCAUGCCUUGUUAGCGCGUCGGCACUUUACUAUCGUCUCUUCAUUCUGCUUCUCUUUCCUUCCCAUGCGCCGUGCGCGCGGGAGGUUCCACCCCCAAUCUGAUUCCCUCGACGCUCCCGACCCGAUACAUACCGUAGUGAAUCCUCGCGAAUGUGCAGAAUAUGAAUGCGAAUCGAUGCGAAUUUACCAUUCGGAGCG